AUGACUUCUGAUGGAGAUAGUUUGCUUAAAAAUGCAUCCAGUGAUACGAUAUCCAGUGCUGGAUCAUCUGAGAUCGUUGUAUCAGAAUCAUUAGACGAUACGACUCCAAGUGAAUCUAAUGAAUUUGGAGACUGUGGAACUUUGAAAAGACUCUUUAAAAAGAGUGCUGACAUUCGAAAUAAAUUCAAAGAAUCAGUUCCUGAUGACGGACUACAAAUUGCGAAUUACGAUGAAAAUACGGUGGUAAAUCAGGGCACAUCGGAAUGGCCUCUGCCGCAGCUUACUUUUCACCAUGUGCAUGGUUCUAACAUACAGAUUUUACGAGGAGGACGAGUCGCGAGACGAAGGGAAUCUUUCUGUAAAGGACUUGCAUUCAGCAGUCGACCGAUACAAAUAGAUGAGAAUGUUUGCAUUCGAUUUGCCGAAGUGGUUUCAAAUUGGUCUGGUGUUUUACGCUUCGGUGUUACAAAUGUUGAUCCUGAAACUUUCCGCGGUAUCGAACUACCGAAAUUUGCAUGUCCGGAUUUAACGAGUAAAGAAGGCUAUUGGGCAAAAGCAUUACCAGAGCGUUACUCUGUCGCCGGUUCAAUUUUGCAUUUUUAUGUGAACGCUGAGGGCGAACUUUAUUACGGAAUAAAUGGUGUUUUAAAAGGACAGUUUCUGAAUGGAAUCAAUGUGUUUUCGCCCUUAUGGGUUAUUGUUGAUAUAUAUGGGAAUAGUUCCUCACUUGAAUUCAUUGAUCCGAAUGAAGUGAGGUUUCGGUCAGCACGGUCAGCAGUGAGUAGGAAUCGUGCAAGCAGUCGACCUCUUUCAGCAACAUCAGUUUCACAAACACAAAUUGCAACGACGAGCACUACGACGCAUCACCGACAUCCUAGAAAUAGUUCAAAUACGCGGCCAGAUUUUCCUCCUUUGAAAUAUCAUACAGGCGCACAGUUUACACCGUUAACUUUCCAUACUGUCCGUGGAAAGCAUGUUGCUUUGACUCACGCUUAUACUGUUGCUGAAAGACAUGCUGGUGAAUAUGCCUGUGGUUACGUUUUCACAUCCAGACCUCUUGCACUAAAUGAAAAAAUCGUGAUUCAGGUAUUGGAUAUAGAAUCAGCUUAUACGGGUAGUAUGGCGUUCGGAUUGACCUGCUGUGAUCCGGUUAAUUUGCAAGGGUCGACACUUCCCGUGGAUAGUGAUGAUCUUUUAGAAAGACCGGAAUAUUGGGUUGGCAUAAAAGAUGUAGCUGCACAACCUAAAAUUAGUGAUGAACUAUCGUUUUGGAUCACCGAAAAAGGUGAGGUUUAUUUUGCGAAGAACAACCUCACGCCUCGAGUCAUCAUUCAUGUGGAUACGUCUGUGAAGCUGUGGGCAUAUUUCGAUGUUUACGGCACGACUCAGAAAAUACGUGUACUAGGAAGUAUUAAAAUAGUAGCAGCGUAUCAAAUGGCAGUGCGUUUGCCGCCAGUUCCAGCAAUCACAAGAACUUCUCGUAGUUUGCUUGACUUAUCUCCUGAAAUACGAACGGAUGCUGGAAGAUCAAGUAGCGAAUUAUGUGCUUUUCCAACAACGAGUGCUCAUCUUACGCAUGGCAGUCGUGAGAACUGUUCUCCUUUUUUAUCCAGACGAACGCAGUCGGAAACUGGUGACAGUUUGAGCGGAGUGUUUUUACGUCUACCAUGUUCUUCACAAGCAGAAAGGAGAGUACCUACUUCAGCACCUACCGUAGCUAUGCCUUCGAGGCCGGUAUUCAUGAGUGGGGAACAUUUCAUCGACUUCCUGGAAAAUUUAGAUAACAUUCAUGGACUUCAUGGUAACGAACCCAACAUAUCUCAUCGAUCGCAAUUCCCAUCACCUCUGGUUCCAGCCAGAUCAUCUCCUGUGCGGCUUCUGCCAGGAAGGCCACCUUUACAUCCUUCACUACGUCCACCAUUAUUCGCACAGACGGAAAGCCACCAGCAACGGUACGGUGAUGAUGAGGGUGAAGUUGGCGAUGAAUGUAGGAUUUGUAUGAACUCUAAAGUAAACUGUGUAAUCUACACAUGUGGACAUAUGUCGAUGUGUUUCGAAUGUGCCACAGAAACAUGGCACUUGAAUGGAGAAUGCCCCAUAUGUCGUAAAAAGAUCGAGGAUGUCAUCAAAAUUUACAAAUCAUAA